AUGUCGCCGAGCAAGGGAUGGAGUCGAGAGUCGAGGGUCGAGUCGGAGGAAGAUGAGGAGGAGGUCAUGAGGAAGAAGAAGAAGAAGGAGGAGGAGGAGGAGGAGGAGGAGGAGGAGGAGGAAAAUAAGGGAGAGAAAGAGUUCAGAGGCGGUCGGAGAGGAUCGGAAGGAAGGAACCUUGGGGAAGUAAGGUACGAGGAGGAGAAGGAGGAGGAGGCGGAGGAGCCAGACCAAACUGGUGGACGGUGGAUGGUGGACUGUGACCUGCGGGCUACCUACCUGAAGGACUACGACGACGGCUGCGGUUACGGUUACGGGACUUGGACUACCUACAUUUACCUCAUCAUGGACCAAGGCACAAGAGAACGAGACAAUGGACGGGAGCGAGGAACCUAA